UAUAUAUAGUCAUGGUCAUCUCACCUUCUUAUAGAACUAAAGUUUUCAACAACCUUAGAAAGAGCAAUACAUACUGAUGUUGUCUUUUUCUCCAAGUGGUUGGCCCUUAGAGGGUUCCACAAGCCAAGAACAAGAGAGUUACAUGCACAGAGAUGCCUACACUUGCUAUUCACCACCUCUUGUCCAUUUUCCCUUCUUAUCACCUCCUACACCAUCUCCUCUGGCGGAGCAAGCGUUCGAUCCUCUCGGUAUCCCAUUUGGAGUGGUGAAAGACGAAGAAGCAACGAUGGUCAAGAAGCUGAACCACAACGCCAGUGAGCGUGAUCGGCGGAAGAAGAUGAACAGUUUGUACUCCACGCUCCGCUCACUACUUCCAGCUGCUGAUCAAAUGAAAAAGUUAAGUGUCCCGACAACGGUGUCCCGAGCGCUGAAACACAUACCGGAACUGCAACAGCAAGUGGAGAAACUGACUCAAGAGAAGGAAAAGCUGUUAUCAAGAAUUAAUGCUUCCCGAGAUGGAGAUUAUUACACUAGUCACCAAGAAAUUAGCACAGGGGAAGGUGCACUUCAAAUUUUGGUGCCAUCCAUCUCCGCUACUCGUUUGAGUGAGAGUGAGGUUGCAAUUCAAAUAAGCACCAGAAAGGUCAUGACUCAUAAGACUGUCGAUUUCUCUGAGGUCUUGCUCGCCUUGGAUUAUCUGGGAUUUCCUGUAAUAAGCUCUUCCACCUUCGAGUCAUGCGGAGGAAUGAAAACAACCUUCUACAAUCUACACGUUCAGGUUGAGAGAAGCAGGGGUGUGGAGUGCGGGGAUUUGAAGGAGAAGCUGUCAGCAUUAUUUGAUCAUCGGAAGAGAAGCCAUGUAAACUUUCUAGGCAACUUUGGGAACCAGAUAAUGUAAAAAUAGUUUCUUCAUUAGUUUUGAACUUAAUGUCAAAAGAAAGCUGCAAUGAAGCUUUUCAACUAGUUUUUAUUUUAUUUUUA